AUGUUGAAGUGUGCAGUGCUACUGUCUGUCUGUUACCUGGGCCUGGUGAUGGCUCAGGAGCUAUCUGACAAUGUAAAUCCAUCUGUAUAUCCACCAGAUUGUGGCGAAAAUGAAUAUUUUGGAUGUACCUAUGCAUGCCCACCAGAGAAGACCUGUGAAACUCGUUUGAUUAAUGUAAUUUGUCCAGGUGUUGUGACGCCUUGUAUCCCGAAAUGUAUAUGUAAACCGGGUUACUACAGGAAUGGUCCAGGUGGCGAGUGUAUAUCCGAAGAAGAAUGUGGACCAGCUUGUCGUGAAGGCGAGGUGUACAAGGAAUGCAGAGACCCUUGUAUAGAUGAGAGCUGUGAUGCCUUGGGGAGCUCUAUUCCGGGCUGUGAGAGUCCUGAACCCUGCCAACCAGGAUGUGCUUGCAGAGAUGGAUUCUACAAGAUGUACAACUUUUUAUGCGUUCCUAAAUGCUAUUGUCCUGGGUUCAGAGAUUCACCAGAAUGUAGAAAUUAA